CCGAGAAAAGAUAACGUGGAUGGCAGCCGAAACAGCACUGUUCUUAGCUUAGAGGUUGACACAGCCGAAGGGGCAAAAACCCAGCCCGAGGGGCCGUAGGUGAAGCCGGCGGAGAGCUUCCGGGGCGUGUGUGAAUGCAGCGCUUGCCGGCAGACGAAAGGAAUUUUCAUGGCAUUUUUACGGAUCACCAUGGAGCAUCUACAGCGAUUCCACACAACCGGGCGCUGUCCACGCUGUCUUCUUUCGUCAAAUCCCCCGUUUCAGUUUCCUUUGUCGACCAAAACCCAAUGCUCAGUGGUCGAGGAACAGGAGCUUCCCGAAGUUCAACACGAAUCCCGCCUCCUGAACGAGCUCGCGGAUCUGUUACCAAUCCGACGACGCAGCACAUCAGCCCAAAUUGAAACUUCAGCGAACCAGAAGCGGCUUCAAAGUAAGGCGGUCGAUGGGUUUCUAGCCCCGGAAGAUAAGCUACGCGGCAUCUUCCUUCAGAAACAUAUCGGAAAAGCCGCGACCGAGCAAGCCCUAUCAGACGCCGGCGUCGAAUUGCGCAUCGACACCGUUGCCAAGGUAGUUAACAGAGGCAAUUUAGGCGGCGAAGCUAUGGUUACGUUCUUUUAUUGGGCUAUCAAGCAACCGAAAAUUCAUAAAGAAAUUGAUGCUUAUCACAUAAUUCUUAAAGCAUUGGGCAGAAGGAAGUUCUUUAAUUUCAUGAUGGCGAUUCUGCGUGAUAUGAAACGGGAAGGAAUAUCCCCUGUUUCAGACACACUGGCGAUUGUAAUGGACAGUUAUAUUAGGGCUCGACAGGUGUCGAAAGCGAUCCAAGUGUUCGGACAGUUACAGGAGUUGGGGUCCAAAUGCGAUACAGAGUCUCUGAACGUGCUUUUAUGGUGUUUGUGCAGAAGGUCCCACGUAGGUGCUGCAAAUUCGUUUCUUAACAAAAUGAAAGAGAAGAUACCCUUCAACCGAAUGUCAUAUAAUAUUGUUAUUGGUGGGUGGUCCAGAUUGGGAAGAAUCGGUGAGAUUGAGACGACCCUUAGAGCAAUGAUGGCGGAUGAGUUUUAUCCGGAUUGUUUAACGUUCAGUUAUCUUCUGGAGGGUUUAGGAAGAGCUGGUCAAAUUGACGAUGCAGUUGAGAUUUUUGAAAAUAUGAAGGAGAGGGGAUGUGUUCCAGACACUGGUGUUUACAAUUCGAUGAUCUCUAAUUUCAUUUCGGUUGGUAAUUUUGAUGAAGGCAUGAAAUAUUACGAGCAUAUGCUGAGGAAUAACUGUGAACCAAAUAUGGAUACUUACACCAGAUUUAUUGCAGCUUUAAUCAAAGCUCGAAAAGUUGCAGAUGCAAUCGAAAUGUUUGAUGAGAUGUUAGCCCGAGGGUUUGUUCCCACUCCCGGGACUAUAACCUCUUUCAUUGAACCGCUGUGUAGCUAUGGUCCGCCACAUGCAGCUCUGAUGAUCUAUAAGAAAGCAAGGAAGGCUGGAUGUCAAGUUUCGCUUAGUGCCUACAAAUUGUUGCUAAUGCGACUUUCAAAAUUUGGUAAAUGUGGCAUGUUGUUGAAUAUAUGGGAUGAGAUGCAAAAGUAUGGAUACUCUUCUGACUUGGAAGUGUAUGAAUAUGUAAUUAAUGGCCUUUGUAAUGUAGGGCAGCUUGAGAAUGCCAUACUCGUCAUGGAAGAAUCUCUACAAAAAGGUUUUUGUCCAAGCAAUCUUAUUUAUAGCAAGUUGAAUAACAAACUGUUAUCUUCAAAUAGAGUUGACAUGGCUUACAAGCUUUUCUUGAAAGUUAAAGUUGCUCGUCAUAGUGAGAAAUCACGCAGACUUUGGCGUGCCAGAGGGUGGCAUUUCUGAUUGCAGUCUUUAUCAGCUGGAAGUGCUAUUACUUGAUGGGUGCCUCUUUCUUACUUUCUAGCAAGAGGUCCAAACAUGUCUGCUAAAGGAAUAAUCUUUCUGUGGGUGACGAUGAUCAUGAGCAAGAUGAAUUUCAAGUCUGCUGCCAUGACUGGAACCUUCUGUUUCUGAGAGCUCGGCCUCAGAUGGGCACGAUAAUGGAGUAGUGGGAGCACUCUCGAGCUGAUCAGUCUCGCUGGGCCUAUGCUUGUGGAGCAAAUGCAAGGGGGAUGUACCCCGGCUGGGUGUAUUCUCGCCGUCCCAGACGGAUCCGGCAUUAGAACUGCCAUCUGCCCCGCCUGCUCUUCGCUGCUUGUUUCGAUCCUUGGCUGCCUUCUGCCAUUUCUUUAGCGCCUUGGCUGUCUGCUCCUCGAAUAUAGCCUGCUUCAUAUGAGAUCCCAUCUGUAUACAACAAAGAAGCACUAAGAACACGCUGGAGGAAAUGGCAACAACACAUCAAGUCUUAAAAUCUCAGUAUAUUGGGUCAACUACGUUAUACUUACUGUUGUGACCAAGGCGUAGAGCGGGAAGGUGAUGUAGCUGCACAGGAACUGAAGGGCGACUGCUAGCAGAACUCUUGAUAUGCUCACGAUCAAGUUUUCAUGGAGGCACGAUUCCCUCCCGUACUCGUACUGCAUUUUAAUGUGCAGAUCAACAGAAUUAUGAAAGACAGAGCAACUGUGAGACGCCAUGCAAAUGCUUGAAACAAGCUUUUACUGAGAAAGAUGAAAUUUAUGUAACUAGCCUGGAAGACAGUGAAGUGUAUUAAGACGAGGAUCCACUGGGGCCGAUUGAACCAGAAGUAGCUGUUACUUGGCUCCACAACUGGAGCUCCUCUGAUUACAGAAGUUCGAUCUUCGAUUUGUUGGGCCAUCUCCAUGAUUACAAGUUCCAGUUUGGUGCCCACUAACAAAAUUAUCUAAAAAGACGGCGAAUCAUGUGUCAGAUUAUUAGUAGAAUUCGAUGUUAAUUGUCGAUAAUUAUAUGAGCUUGCAGGUGUCUUGUCUUACAAUGAGUGGCACCAAAGAGAUCAAGCCAAGCGUGUACCAUCCUGUAACGGUACUUCUAAGUUAUAAUUACAAGACGAAGAUAACUAAACAUCCAAACUAUUAUGAACCCAUCAAUCAUUAUACAUUAUACGUUGAGUUGGUGCACGCGAUUUAUGGGUUAUCAAGAUAGUGAUUGUGGGUUUUUAUAGAUAUGAUUAAAUAAACCGUGAUUGUAGUGAAUAAGGAGGAGAUUUGCUUACUGUAAACAUUCAUAAGCAGUAAGCAGACGGCGAAAAUCCAGAGUGGGAUGCUGCAAAGUUAAAUCAAAUGAAAGAUUGUUAGCAGA